GAACUGGGGCCUUCUGGGUUUGUACGUCAAACUGCCCCUUUCCUCCUGGCCAGAGUAGACUCCUGACCCUAAGAGCCCGGGCGCUGUAAUUCGGUGUUUCUUUUUAAAGGGAGCGCGUUUCAAGCGAAGGCUCCAAGGUUCAGAAGUGAUCGCCAGCUACGGCAGCGGCAAUUACCUGAAACACCGCACUUGUGUCCCUGCGAAGAGAAAGAUUUUUAUGACAGCCGCUUCAGAGCAGAAGCUGAGCUGGUGAGGACGCGAACUGCUGCUUGGGAAGCAAGUGUUCCUCGUUUUCAGACGUGGGAGAAAUACGUCAGAAUGAGUUACACGGAAAAGCCAGAUGAAAUCACGAAAGACGAGUGGAUGGAGAAACUCAAUAACUUGCACGUCCAGCGAGCAGACAUGAACCGCCUCAUCAUGAACUACUUGGUCACAGUGUCUUGCCAGCAGCUUCCUGAGCACCGUGGAUGGUUUCCAUUUCCAGAGGGCUUUAAGGAAGCGGCAGAGAAGUUUCGAAUGGAAUCUGGGAUUGAGCCCAGCGUGGAUCUAGAAACACUUGAUGAGCGGAUCAAAAUCCGUGAGAUGAUCCUGAAGGGCCAGAUCCAGGAGGCCAUCGCACUGAUCAACAGCCUCCACCCGGAGCUGCUGGACACAAACCGUUUCCUUUACUUCCACCUGCAGCAACAGCACCUCAUCGAGCUGAUCCGCCAGCGCGAGACCGAGGCGGCGCUGGAGUUCGCGCAGACGCAGCUGGCCGAGCAGGGCGAGGAGAGCCGCGAGUGCCUGACGGAGAUGGAGCGCACGCUGGCGCUGCUGGCCUUCGACAACCCCGAGGAGUCGCCGUUCGGGGACCUGCUUCACAUGAUGCAGAGGCAGAAGGUGUGGAGCGAAGUUAACCAAGCCGUCCUAGAUUAUGAAAAUCGUGAGUCGACGCCCAAGCUGGCAAAAUUACUGAAACUACUCCUUUGGGCUCAGAAUGAGCUGGACCAGAAGAAAGUAAAAUACCCCAAAAUGACAGACCUCAGCAAAGGCGUGAUUGAGGAGCCCAAGUAGAGGCUGUGCCGGCGGCCCCGCGGGUCCCCGGCCCGGACUCGGAGGAGCCGCCCGGGACUGAGAGCUGGUUACGGCAGUAGAGAACUCUUGCUUCCCCCGUUUCCUGGUUUGUUUUGUUCUUUUUGACCUGGCAUCUUUUUUAAAGGGGAACACGGCCCGUCUAAGCGCUGGAGAACUUGCAGUGAAAGACACGGUGUCUCUGGAAGCAUGACGCAGACCCCGGCGGGCGCGCUGGCAGAGGGGCGGCCGCAUCGGCUGCCGGGCGCUGCGCCCGUCGGGAGCGCGGUCGCACUGAGGCCUCCCUCGCAAGCCUCUGACGAGCCCUGGGCGUCGUCCUGCUCUCUGUUAGCCCGCAAGCGGACGGUGCGCGUUCUCGGGUCUGCUGAGGCGUGCCAGGCCUUGGUGGAGUUUUCUCUUACCCCUUGGUUUUUUGUUUUUGUUUUUUCAUAGGAAAGACUAUAUAAAUUUGUAAAUCCUAAUUCAAAGACUUCUUUUGUGUGAGGAUAUCGAGUUUGGUUUGUCUUCCCUCUGGUCUGGGUGGUACGGCUCCUGGGGAGACGUGCGUGUGCAUGUACGUGCGUGUGCGCGUGUGUGCGUGCGAGGGAUGGGGCUGUGUGUUUUUUAAUUUUUUAAAUCUAUAUUUUGGUGCUGGCUGUGGUGGGAGACUCUUUCUUAGUGGAUCAACAGACCUUAUCUUCUAGCCAGUUUUGUUGAAAAUAAAGGUUUCUCUUUGAUCUCAAGAAUGAC